CGCGACUUUCUUCCGCGAAGCAAGUAUUCAACAGAGAGAAUGUUUUAGUGAUUUUGGUCUCUUUGCUUUCUUCUUUGCCUAUAAUGUGCUUGUUUCUUUAAAGAUGAGCUAUUCAUACGACGAUUCUCGUGCCCUAAACUUGUGGCAGAGAGUACAUUUCAAUACAGAUUCGUCAAAUGAUGCUUCUUCCAGAGCGGACGCCUGGCGGAGAUUGCUAGUUCAACUUCAAACUUUUCGGAGGAGGUUGGCUACCACUUUUAAUUACACCAAACUUAAAUCUCUCUAAAGUGAAAAAGUGAACCGUACUCCUAGCUUCUUUCCCUUAAUGAUCAGUUCCUUUGAUUGUAGUCCUGUUAAUUGUGUGACCAAGUCUGACGGAAAACUAAGCAAUAUUUGAACUUCUGAACAGACAGGAUCUAAGAUUUGAGCUAAAAUAUUCUGCAGAUCCAUGAUCUUUGGCUUAUUUAAAAUUCAUUUAAUUCCUUUAUACAGGUGCGUUUCAAGGCUGAAUCUACUAAUUUUUCAAACCUUUUAACUACCCUCUCUUUGCUAAGUUUAGAUGUAAGUCUCUGAUCUUGAAUUUUUCUGAAAAAAUGGUUGACUGAUUUUUGUUUUAUUUGUAGUAAAAAAGUAUCAUGCCAACUUUACACAAGGAUGUUAGAGAAGUUUGCAGGGAAUUAUUCUCAAAUUGUAGACAACCAAAACCCUGACAAAGGUACCAAAAGAUAUUGUAAUAAUUCUUGUCAUAAUUGUUAGUUUCUUGAUCACCUUGUGCCUAUUGGAGCACUCUAAAUACAUACACAAGUAGGGUAACUAUAAUGUAAACUCUCAAAGAUUCACACUGAGGGGAGAAAACUGUUUAUCUAUUUGCAAAGCACUGCAGAGGACACUUUGAACUUAUUCUAACAACUAAGUCCAAUUGAGUUGUACAGAGGGAAAUUAACAUCUUGUACCUCUUGAUUCCAAAUCUGGUGUAGCAAACUACUUGGCCAAAGUCCUCUUGUCAUAUGAAAGCUUGUGCCUGUGGAGUUGUCUCCAUCCUCUUUGGAUUAAUGGUACUGAGCUUUGAGAUAUCCAGGGGGAAACCUAUUUUUUUGUUAUACUAACAAAAUUUUGUUUAUGUAAACAGAAUGGCUAGAGAUAGUGAUAAUAUAUUAGGUGUAACUGAACAACUAUUGUCAAUUUUGUUUAUAAUAAUUAAUGAUAACCUUAAUAGUGGUUGAUAAAAUGAAUCUUGCAAUAAGACAACCAAAUGACAGCUCCAAUUCAAUGCUUCUGCGUAGAAUUAGAAUUUGGAGUGAAUAUUUUAUGUUAGGAGUGCUGUAACAUGGAGGAGAUGUAAAGAAAAUCAAAAUUGACCGUGAGCUAAGAUGGAGAAAUUGAACCAUAAGUUUGGGAGGAGGCAGCGGGAGAAGUAAUGAUGUAUUGGUUAGUGCUGGGCUCUGGGUUAAGAGAUGUAGGUUUGAUGCCUGGCUGGGUCAUUUUUCUGCAUUCUUUGGGCAAAACACUUUUCUGUCACAGUAUCUCCCUCAACCCAGGAGUCCAGAUGAGUAACUUGUUCUGGAAGCUGGAUCAAAUACUGAGGGGUAAUAUUGCAAUGGAUUGGCAUCCAAUCUAAGGGUGAAGUAUUAAUAAUACUCCUAAGAAUUUGUAUUAAUGCUUUAACCCCCUCUAGGAGUGACUGGUAUCUAAAUUCUCUUUGCAAUAUUACCACUGAAUCACACAUUAAGGUCAUGAGAAUAAAGGAAAUGAUCACCAACAAAGGAAGCUUUGGAUCGGUAAAGAAAUUCUCCUAGUCAGCACCUUAGGAAAUGUAUAAAGAACAGUAUGGAGAAUAUACAUACUGAUGUUAAUACUAUCCUAUGGAAACUGAGAUAAGCAGAAUGGGCCACUUGGCUUCAGACACACUUUACCUUUUAGUAGUUUGGUAUGAGGCAAGUAUUCUGAGCACUGCAUCCAGCCCUUCAGCUCCAUCAUUUACAUUGUAAAAUAACUUAUUCAUUGAUGUGUACAAAAUUACAUCCUUUUCAGAAAGUUGAAUCAUGAAUUUUUGUAUUAAAUUUAACCUUUUCUCAUUGGUCCAUAAUGCUUCAAGUUCAUAAGACAGAUGCUUUACUUAAAUGGUCAGAUUCAAAUUGUCUUGACUAUUUUAAAAUUAUGUUUUGACAGUCAGUUUCCUUUCUUAGGCUUGAACAAUUUUGCUGAAGCUGUGUUAACUCUUGCUUCUAGCCAUCGUAAUGGUAAGUUUUUAACAACACUGGGUUACAAAGACAGUUAAGUAGAUUGCAGUGAGAUAGUAAAUGUGUACACUUGACUGGUGGAAAGUUUCUUUUUAAUGUUAUAUUGUUUUUGAAUGUAUUUAUCAGAAAGUUCUUAAGCAAGUACACACGUUUUGAAGCUGUUGCCAGAACUACUUUGAAGAUGAAUUUUGGUCUGACAUGUCCUGGUCAUGUCUACUUUUCACUGAUUUCACUUUCACACACAAAUUAUACUCAGCUGAGUACCCUAUAUUUCUAAGGCAUAUGCAUCCUGCUUUAAUUGCCAUCUGUAAUGAUAUGAUAAUUAUUUUUUGUAGAGAGUCAGGAUUGGACCUCAAGUUUAUCUCUGGAUAGUUUGAAAAAGCUGCCUAUUUACAAAUCUCUCAUGGUAGGCGUGGUGAAUAGCAUCAGUUAUUAUGCAGAAAUACUCUUUUUCUCCGUCUGAGCCUUCACCUCCCCCAAGGGUUAGAGUAGAAUUUCCACUGAAAUGCCUAGUUACCCCUGUGUUCUAAGGACUCACAACCUGUUCUUCUCAGAUAGAAAAAUUCAUGAGAAUGACAUUAGUGUCCUUGCUACCCACAAUCAUCUUAUCUAUUACAACAAUUUAGACACAGUGAAAUCUGUGUGCAGAAUUUUUCCUUUUCAUAUGAAUUUUAUAUUAACAGGUUAUGUAAGCAAUCUAUAUUUAUUUAGUUUACUGGUAGUUUACAAACAAGGACAUUUUGGCUAUGACUACACUGUCUGUGCCAAAAAGAUUCAUAGAUGACAAACCUCACCAGUUGCUUUCCAAAAGGGAAAACCCUCUAGGUGACACAAGCACUGUUUAUGGGUGGAGCUGUGGGUGAGGUCCAAUAAGGCAUUGCAAAAUGAUUUAUGGGAUCUUUGCGGCCAUGAAUACAUCCCUAUCAUAAUUUGGAUUGUUACUUCAUAAUUUAUACACAUGGAAUUUUUUAUAAUGUACAACAUAAUGAAUCAAGAUUAAUGAUUUGCAUAAAUGUUUUUCAUCCCUCAAGCACAGUCACAUGCUUACUUUUGUCAAAACCAUUACAAUUUCCUCAAAGGCAAUUGGUGCAUUAGCAGCUUCAUUUUUCACUAAUUAAUCUGUACAGUUGUAAUCGGACAAUGUAAUCAGACAGUUGGUUGUAACUGGACCCCUGUAAUCAGACAGUAGAAGCAGCCAGUCAUACUCAGUCCACUCAGCAAAAUCUACUACAUAGAAUUGAUCACCAUAACCAUAGCAACAACCACUUAUCCUAAGAAAAACUGGGAAAUUUCCAAAAUGGAGGAAUUUUAACUCAAGACAUUGUCUCCACAGGAGAUAAUUGUUCUAGAUGUAAUUGUUUUUUGGAAAAUUGUAAUGGUUAUGAUUAACUGGUAACACUUUGUGUCAUCCAAUUCUGUCUGUAAUAAUACAAGUGACUAACAAAUCAGACCCUCGUGAUCACUUGAAUGAUUACAGACCAAAUUGAACUCCACUUGGUCCUAAUAUCAUUAUAUAUUUUCACAAAUGAUAAUUGAGGACUCAUUUGAUAACAGGACACUAAAAGAGAACUUCUGGAUGAGGAGCCAGUGCAAGCACCUGGUGCUACUUGUACUAAUUCAUCAUCACAUGAUGAUCAGCUGCACAAGAUUAACUUGAAUCGCCCCUCAGCUAGUGCACCAAGUCUUAGUAAAAGCCUGCAAGCAAACAGAGUAAAAACCUGUGGACAAGAUUUUUCAAGUGAAGUUUUCUCAUCAAAAAAUACUGGGAUGGAAAGCCAAAGAGUUAUGUCAAUAUGUGAAGACUCUAGUAGGAAGGUGUGUGUAGCAGGUUUUUUUUUUUUUUUUUUACCCCAUUGUAAUUUUUGUUCCAAGCAAUUUCAUCCAGGGACGUAGCCUUUUGCAAGGGUUUAUGUAUAUUUGCUUCAUGAACUUCCCAAAAUAUUUUAAAACAUUCAAUAGACCCUUUAUCUCCCAUGUGCGACCAAGACAGAAGUUCUCCUUACAAUAUCUGAUUCAAUACACUAUCAAGCAGGCAAAUGGUGAUAUUAAUUUGGGGAUUACUAGUUGAUCCAAUAACAAAUUAUCCAAUCUAACUUUAUAAGUACUGUAUGGCAGACAGGAAGGAGACUUUUAAAAUAAGGAGAUCUUGGGAAUGAAGGGAUUAAGUGAAUUCCUCCAGAGAUCUGUAACAGCACUGUAAAGUUGGGUUAAUUUAAAAUAAACUAAACCUCACCAAAUCACUUCUGAACUUCACUGAAGUUUCCAAUUUGAAGUUCAUUUUUCUUAGUAUGCAUGAAAAUAAAAUGUUUUGACUAGGCCCAUGGAAAACUAAAAGGCUUUUGAAAAAUGGGAUUCCUCCAUCAAAUGUUACUCAUAAAAAUAACAGUGGAACAUUAAAUUGAGACAAAUUCUCUACAGAGCCGAACUGGAACAGAGCUGAAACAUCAUAUACCAAAUUUGUUGUGUUCUGAUUGUCUUUCAGGUAGCAGUGCACAUAAAAAUGUCCUUUAUUAGAAAUUGGUAUAAUCAACCAGUGAAUUACACAAAUCUUAUGAGUGAUGCACUGCAUGUAGAGCCACCUUAAUGAUCAUCUUUGGCAGGCAACUCUUUGGGCAGGUUAAUUCACUGAAGUAUUUUUUCAGGAAAUGAGGACAGAAGAUUCAAAUAAGUUACCACAUGGUUUAACAGGACACUGUGGAAUGAAAAGGAAGGCCACAGCUCCAUGUAUGAAUAAGUAGUCAUGAUACACUGUUAGUAGCUUCUGAGAUUUUAAAAACUGAUUCAUUAAUUUCUGUUAUUGGUAUUUGUGGAAUUAACAUUAUUCAUAUAUGGACACCUAGGGAAAAAAUCCAAUAAGUUGCACUGGUUAAAAUAAUCAGCUAUGUUAUACCAGAUUUGAAGUACAAGCACCCGUUGUCAAUUGACACUCCUUUAGAUAAGCAUGCUCUUACUCUUAUAUAAUUAUAACUCCCACAAGUGAUUCACAAGUAACUUCUCCCUACAAUAUCCAUAGACUAUCCAGCAAACAGGUAAUGAGAAUACUCAAAUGUAUCAGGCUGAAGUUGUUAUCUUGAUCUAACACCAAAUUCUCUUAACUUAUUUACAAGAAAAAGUGUAGCAGCUAGAGGGGAGAAUUAACAAUCAGAUCUUGGAAGUUGAUGGGGUUAACUCCCAGAAGUGAUUAACAUGUAACUUCUCCCCAUAAUAUUAAUACAUUAUCCAGCAAACAAGUAACAAGAAUACUUAAACUUAUAUAUCAAGUGGCAGUUAAACAUCAAAUUCUCACAAGUAAUUAACAAGGAAAGAUGUAGCAGCUAGAGGGGAGAAUUAACAGUCAGAUCUUGGGAGUUAAAGGGUUACCUUGAUUCAAAACCAAAGUCAAAACAUCAACCCAUCAGAGUGAAAGUAAAAUUUAUGCUGCAGGGAGUCAAAGGUAAAUCAGUACAAAUUCAUGUAAAAAGGGACAGCAUUGGGACCAUAAAAUAACUGUUGCAAUUGGAUUUGGUCAAUGUUUCUGUGUUACUUUUCAGAACUAAUCUUUACUGUGAGGUGGAGUUUUGAGGCUAAACCAGAGAAGCUUCAGAUUUCUUGCAACAUUCAGUCAAAACUGCUCUGAAAAUCCAUGAUUUUUCACUAUUUAGGUGGUGAUGGGAUAUACCAAGUUCAUGGUCCCCAAAAUUCCACACAAAGGUUGUAUCCAGAUGGAGCAUCCAGCAUGAAAGAUUCAGCAACAUCAUCAACAAAUAACAGUCACCCUGCUACACAUGCCAGUAACUUUAAUUUUUAUCAAGUAUGUGCUGAUGACCAUCUAUAAAGCUAGAAAUAGUUACAGAAUCAAUGUCUGUUGUUUAUCUCUUAUCUUUUUUUUCUCAUAAACAGCUUUCCUUUCAGGCUCAGUAUUAAUUUUGAGAUUUUUUAUCUGGUCCUUGGCAGUUGUUCAAAUGGUGAAAAACUAUCCAAUGGAUAAAUCGCUAUCUGUGGAUGAAUUUUAACUGCACUAUCCACUGGCUGGAGAUUAAUCCAGUGGAUGGCAUUAUCCACCCCUCAAACAAUUGGAGCCUGUCUUUUAGCAUAGUAAAUUAUCUAAAAGGCAUGUCAAUGAUCCAGUUUCUCCUUCACCUUUACCAAGCAGUUGUUGAGGAUGUUGCAGGUUAUACAUUUAUUAUUUUAAUAUAAUUUCAAGUUGGGCCAGAACCACACCAUUUAUGAUGAAUCAAAUCAAACUGAUUACUUUUGACUGAGGCUCUUAUUUUCCUUCUCAGGGUUCUGAUAAAAAAUAUUCCAGAAAUGCCUCAGACAACCAGCACAAUUCUGAUGAUAGUGAGCAAGAAAGCAAAGCAUCUUCCUAUUUCAUCACUGCAAAACAAAAAUUGGUAAGUUCAACCAUUCACCACUAGUCAGUAGUUUGGACAGAACAAAGCAAAAAUUUUGUUUCAAUUCUUGUUAUAGAUGAGUUAACUGGGCACAUCUUUUGUACAUGAUCAAUUAUUUGGUAUACAACCUUUGUUUUAUUAGGUUCCUGGCUUAAUCCACAUAUUGUUUAAAGGUUAUACAUGUUUCUUUCAGAACAGUCUUAACCCUUUCAUUCCCAAGAUGUUGAUAGUAAUUCUCCAAACUGUCUGUUUUACAGUUCUUAUAAUGUUACUUUGGAGAACUGAGUAGUGGAUCAAUUAAAAAUCCCCCAAUUGAUAUUCUUCUUUAUUCUCAUCACUUGUCAGCAUGAUGUUGCUUUGAUAUUGUAAGGAGAAAUUCUCUCUCAUAACCAUGCACAAUUCUCUGGCAAAAUUUCAAUGGCUUAUAAUGCUGCUCUUUAAUACAGAAGUGAGCCCAGUUGUUUCAAGUCAGAUUAGCACUAACCCAGGGUUAAACUUUAAUCCAGGUUCCUUUAUUCCUUUGUUCAAAAGCCUUUUUCAGAUAAUUUUUGUUCUGUUCCUUUUAGGGCAUCCAAUCAUGAAACUGUGGUCAAAACAAAUUCUACUGAAUUUCCUCUUAAAGCUUUCAAAUCUGAAAUCAUAUUUCACGUUAACUCUGAGUUAUUGUAACCCAGCUUGGAAAUACCUGGCUGUGGAGAAUAUUCUUCCAAAAGUUUGAACUAUUUCUCUUAUUGCUAAAUUUUGUAGUGAGCAUCCUGUAAAAGCAAUUGUUUUUUGGUAAACCUGAUGGAAUGGUUUCCAUAAAAAGAUAAAAUCAAAUUAUCUUGUUUUAGCCUCAACUAACACAGCACCACAGUUUCUUUAGAAACUUUCCCCCUUUAUAGCCUAUAAAGGUGGUACAAUGGUGGGAGUAUUAGACAGCAAUCUAAGUAGAUGUGGAUCCAGCUGCACUUGGGUAAUUUUGUGGUGUUCUUGGUUAAGACACUUACCUCUCAUAGUGCUUUUCCAUCCAUGAUUACAUCAUCCAUCCACACAUUGGCAAUUGGGAAGUGGAAGGGGGGUGGGGAAGGAUGACAAAAUAUUUUAUGGGAUGUGUAAUACUGUGAUAGAGUAAAAUCUCAAUCAGGAAAAGGAGUGGUACAAGUACUCCUAGUUCCUAAACCCUUUGCCCCCUAAGAGUGUUUGGCUUCUAAAUUCUCCUUACAAUAUUACCCUUUAAUCAUAUAUAAAGGUCAUGAGAAUAAAGGAAAUGAUCACCAGUUUUAGAAGCUCACAGUUUCCAAAACAAUGCUCCUUGUCCGGACCAUGUGAAAUUUAAAGCAAACAGUGUGGAGGAAAUGAAUACUAUUGUUUGGAUGUAAAGGUUUAAGGCAAAUCAUGAUAAGCUCUAGUAGCAUUGGCCUCAUAACUGGUGUGCAAGAACCCCUUUAUCAGAGAAACUAAAACAUUUUUAACAUGAAAUAACAACUUUGAUUAUUGGGAAAACUGAUAUAUGUCUGCAUCGGUCAAACUAUGACAAGGUCUUGGCCCUCUGAUAUCUGUUUUUAUAACAGUGGCUCAGAUGAAGAGAUAACAUUAAAACUAAUUUUAGGGUAAAAAAAAAAACAAAACAAGUAUCGAUCUUGUUCCUGUCAGGUUCUGGAUUCUAAAAAGAACUCCCAUCAAGAUGGAUCUUCGAGACAGGGGAGCAUAAGUAACUCAAUGUACGGAAGUACGAGAAAAACACUGGGAACUAGGUUUGUUGGAUCUUAAAACUUUUUGUUUAGGAAAUAAUUGAUCAAGUGUUCGUCAUUUUUUUUUCUACACGCAAUCAAUCACUGAACUAAUGCAGCUUUGUUACAAUGGAAAUCUCUUAUUUAGAAAAAGGUGUUUGUAGCGAAUGCACCGGCAAAUUUCAAAACGGUUACACGAACCAUACGAUUUAUUCGUAACCAGUGGUUUCUGAAACAUGAUUAAAUUAAAUUACACUACAGCCAACUACCGACAACAAUAAUUACGAUCACAAAGCGAAGCAUCAAACGGCAAAAGACAACACAAAACGUACCUGACGGUUUGGAUAGAAGGAGUACACGAGAUGCAGCAAGGAAACGAUCAUAGCACGGCAAACUGCAUAACAUUACUGUUCUUUUCGAGCGAAAAUUUCGAUAUAUAUAUAUAUACGGACGCGAAGGGACUGAAGCCUAAUUUUCAGAUAAACCGCUGGCCCUUAAAUUUGUUGCAACAGUGUUGAAGACAGCUUUGAAUCAGAAGUUAUCUUGAUAUAAGUCUAAAUUCUGGUACAUGAUUUGUGUAAGAAACUUUUAUCUUGGGAGUUAAUAAAUGCUUAUGCAUCUAUACGACUACUCACUGGUCAUAAUGCUGAUUCUUCUGGAGUAUAAAUUUGUCAGGUCACCAUGAAAAAAUGAUAAGCAUGAAAAACAAGCCAACAAACAAAAUCACCAAACAGGAUGAACGUUCAGGUCAUGUAGACCAAGAGUAUGGUGACAAUGGCCAAUGAUCAAGUGAAAACUACUUUCCGCAACCUGUACUUUAUGAAAUAUGAUCACAUAUGAAGAAGAUUUUAUCAAAAUGUUACACGCAUUAAACAGUAGAUAUUGACAUCAGUGUUUUGUUUCAGGCGAGGUCCAAGCAGACAAUUCAUCCCUCCAGUUUUGAAUCGAGAUGAUGAUGAUGAAUUGCAGAGGUUAGUAACUUUGUUGGCUAAGUUAUCCCAAGUAGUAAUUGACGAAAGGUCGAGGCACUCGGCAAGUGAGAAGACAAUGCGAUAAAGCUUUUAUUUACACCUUGCUGUGGUCCUGUUUAUACUCCUUCUUUUCAUUCUACAGAAGACUUCGACUUCUUUUCUUUUACAGAAGACUUCGACUUCUUUUCUUUUACAGAAGACUUCGACUUCUUUUCUUUUACAGAGGACUUCGACUUCUUUUCUUUUACAGAAGACUUCGAGAAGAACCUCCUCGAGAAGGACUCGAGGGGAAACAAAACUAACUAGUUUCCCGAGGGACCAUACAUUAACUGCUUUGUUAUAUAUUCAGACUUUCCCUUAAACAAUCAUAUGGCAAAAAUAUGCUGUUGUAUUCGGCGAGCAGGUAACAACUGCGCAAUUGUAUCCCGGUCAGGAUACAUUUGAAUUUGAUCAAGGGCACGUGACCGAGAAUCAACCAAUCACAGUGCUUGUUCUGUUGAAUGAAAGUCUAGGUAGAUAACAAAUUGAGUUAAUGCCUUCUUACACUUCCUACAUUUUUUAAUUAAAGUGAAAUACUCUUCUUAAUUUUUCCAGUGGUACUGCUAUGGCUGGUUAUUCGAAUCACAGUGGCAAGAAUCAAAGUGGUAAAGUUGCCGGCGCUGAUCCAGAAGUUGAUGAAAGACUGAAAAAUAUUGAGCCAAAAAUGAUAGAACUUAUUACUAACGAGGUAAGAUCACAAGAGGAGUUAUGGUCUGUUAUACACAUAUUGGAAUCGCCGGAUCGAAGUGCCCUUGCACAUACAGAAAGUUGUGUUUUCUGCACGUGUUUGUUGUUGCCCACAGUUUUAUUUAAAGUAUGCUCUACAAUGCUGAUUACCAAAGAGUCCGAUGGCUUCACCGCUUAACUUGCGAUCAGGUAGAACGUCAGCUUUCAUAGGGAAUUUUUUAUAGCCUACAAUAAGAUGAGAAGACAGAAAAAAAAACAUAUCGAUCAAGUUGGUUUUCAUGAAUCAAUUUGAUUUGUUGUUUUUCAUGUUUUGUUUUCAGAUCAUGGAUCACGGCCCACCAUUGUCUUGGGAUGAUAUUGCAGGACUUGAAUUUGCUAAGAAUGUUAUCAAGGAGAUUGUUGUAUGGCCCAUGCUGAGACCGUGAGUGAAUCAAAAUGUUUUCGCGCCCCACGUUCUUAUGCAGCUAAGCAGAAUGAUAUUGUCAUUGUUGUCUGCAAAUCAUCAAGGCCUGGUGGUCUCACAGCAGUGUAACUGAAUGGUGUUAUAGCUCUAUGCCAACGGUCUUACUUGUUUUCCGUUGCGUGUUUACCGUUGUUGUGUACAAAGUAUUUGGUAGUAAAACAGCGCUGUGCUAGUGUGAUGUGAAUUAAAUUCUGAGAUUGAAUUGCAGCCUCUAACAACGGUUUGUUGGAAGAAAACGAUUCUUUUGAUGUAACAGUGAGAGAUCUUAAUAGGACCUGACUUGAGCUUGCAACGGACAACGUUUUCAAACGCUACCCAGUAAUUCUUUCUUUUGUUCUCCUUUUGAAUACACAUUGCUCACCACGAGCUACUUCAUUUUAGUUAUGGUGUAAAUAUUUUUAUGCUUUUCAAUUUUCCCAUUCAAGUAAACAAAUGACGAGGGCCGUAUUUUGGAAACAAUUCUGAAAGCGACUUCAAAAGAUCAAAUGAAGAUCGAGAAGUGGUUUUCAGUGUGAACUGUUUCCAAGGUCAAAAAAAUUAAGAGACGUGUAUUUUUAUUUUUCGGUUUAGUGACAUUUUCAAGGGCCUACGUGGUCCACCGAAGGGAAUCUUACUCUUUGGACCUCCAGGAACUGGUAAAACGUUAAUCGGUAGGUAUGAUUUGUUUGUCUUUUCUGCGGCAUGUCUGCCACUUUUUUUUGUCACUAAAUUUUGCUGUUAUCAACUAUCUUUCACUUAAAAAGAUAGUUUGAAUCAUGUUUGUAUAAUCAUGUUUGUGUCCAUCAAAGACAGCUCUCACUCUCCAUCUUAUCUAUCUCUAAUCCCUCCUGUUCCCUUGUUCCACACCUUUAUCUUCGCUGUCUGCCCCUCAGCCGUAUGUGCAGUUAUGUGAUGCUGUUUUCAUUUGCUGUGAAUGGAGAUUUUUUUGUAUUUUUCUGUUGGAUGAAAGCAUGGAUGGGAAGAAAAGUAAACAAAGGUGGAUUUGACGUUCGCGUUUGACGUAAACAUCGAUACACCUAAAUAUGUAAAUUAGAGAGACCCACGGUAUUUUGAAAAAUACUGAUUUACUAAUGUGAAGAUUAUUUGAACUCUGAGCCGUGUGAAAAUACUCACAUUUUAAUUGUCUUACACCCAGAAAAGUAUUUUUAAUUCUUUUUUGUCUUACUGAUUUCAUAUCCUAAUGUAAGCAAUGGCUUGAAACUUCGUUUGUGUCUUAAGACUGAAAUUUUCCCGUAAUGGUCGAAAGAGUAUAAGUUUAAUGAUGGUGGGUAACGCUUUAGUUAGUAACUAGAGGUGUAUAUUUAUUUCAGGUAAAUGUAUAGCAAGUCAAUCAAAGGCUACUUUCUUUAGUAUCAGCGCUUCGUCCCUCACGUCAAAGUGGGUAAGUUGGUACAUGAACAGGGGACGAAACUGGCUACAACAAAUCCGUUGUUUUUCAUUGACCCCAAAGAGGUCAUUUAAUGGCUUUGGGAAGGAGCUGCGGUUUGAUUCUCUUGAAAAAAGGUUGUCCACGAUGUUUAAGUUUAUCCUUGUCGAUCUGAUGAAUUCUUAACAAUCCCAAGCUAUCAUUACUUUUUUUCGAUAUAUAAUUGCACUAAUAUUUUAUAGUCCUGGUUAAGGUAAUUUUACAUCACGAACUGACAAACUAAGAAGAGACCCAAAAGUUAGGAUAUGUUGUACUAUGUUCUUGCUUGACGGUGUCAGAUCGUGCGUAUACCGUUAUAUCGUUGUUGUUUGUUUGUUUUGUAGGUUGGUGAGGGUGAAAAAAUGGUUCGUGCAUUGUUUGCUGUUGCCAGAUGUCAUCUGCCUGCUGUGAUUUUCAUCGACGAAAUAGAUUCGCUGUUGUCGCAAAGAACAGAUGGAGAGCACGAUGCCUCCAGGAGAAUCAAAACUGAAUUUCUAGUGCAGCUAGUAAGUAAUGUAGCGCUGGAAAUGCUAAAUGACUCGACUCUGAUGAUGACUUCCGACAAACGGACUGCUCUCAACCGGACGAUCAGACCAAACGAUGAAACUAAGCAGAUUGUUUUUAGUUGUUUGGCUGGGUUAUUGCAUUUCUUUCCUGGGCAGGGAUUUUUGCUUUCUUGCUGCCUUUCUCCGCCCAGAGUAUAAAAUGUGUGCUUGCGAACUGUCGGGUUACUUGGACAAAAUGUCAGAUACCGGGGUAACCUACGAUGGAUUUUUUUUUCAACUUAGCUAAAAGAUGAUUCCCCACAUUCUGACUUCAAUUCCGCCACGAGAAACCAGAAUCACCUGAUACAUUUUGAGCUAUAUUCACAUGAAAAGAAUGAUAGUUUUGAGAGGCUGCAGUAUUGCUUUGAUAAUAUUUAUUAUCCAAAAUAAAGCGUGUUACUAUACAGUAUAGAAGAUAUAUGGGAAAAUAGCUAAGCCAAACCUCGACAACUCGUGCUUCUUCUUAUAUUCUGCUAAAUUGCUGUUUUUAGUCUUGAACGGAAGGUGAACCUUUUAUUUGGCUGUAAUGCUGUCGUCGGUUUAGAGUGUAAUACAAUAGUGGCUGGUUUUGAUUUUCUGUUAGGAUGGGGCAACAACCACUUCAGAUGAGAGAAUUUUGGUGGUUGGCGCCACGAACAGGUCAGCUAAUGAUAAAAAGCUUUUGUUGUAGUAGUAGCAGGUGUUCCUUGGCACAAAGAGUAAGGUACAACCCUUAUGGUACUCUUUACUGGCACGGAAUGCUCACCUAUCACGCAUGGGUAACUUGCAAUGUACUGGCAUUCCCUCUGCAAUGAGAUUUAAUGCCCCUGAUUUCUUCUGGGAUAAGAGAAUUUGAAGAAAGAUGCUUCGUUUUUGUUGCUACAGUAUGUCAGGAGAAACCCGAGUUAAAUACACUGUAUACUACUGAUUAAUAUUUUUAUCAAACUGUUUUAAGUACAAGAGAAGGGGAGAGCAAGGAAACAAUAUCUUAUUUCUAUUGCUUUACCAAGGCCUCAAGAGAUUGACGAAGCAGCCAGACGUCGUUUAGUAAAAAGACUUUACAUUCCUCUCCCCGAUGCUGGUGCACGUGAACAAAUCAUGUACAGUCUUCUGUCGCAACAGAAAUGCAGUCUGUCUCAAGAAGACGUCAACACAAUAGUUCAGCAUACACAUGGUAUGUAAUACAAGGGUAUUUUGUCUCAUAAAAUGCUGUGUAAACUCGUGUCUUGGGAAAACUUGCGAAGUCCAAUCUCAGUUUCUUUCCGGGACGUCUAAAAUCAGAGAAUUUUAGUGUUUUGGAGGAAAUACUUUAAACUCGAUUCAUAGGGGAUGUUUUGAGAUAAAAGAAGUAAGAGAUACCUGGAACAAAAGAAACACGUCAUAGUAUAUCAAAAUAACGAUUCUAUUUUGGUCUGUGUUGAGGUAAACUGGACUUCAAGUUACCCGGACAUAAAGGACCUUUUGCAGUCAGGACGACAACGCCAAGGAAAACGUCUAUUUAAAAAAAAAUUUCUCGUUAGAAUCUUGCGAAUUACUGAAUUAGUCCACCAUCUCUUACGACGCCACAAGUUAUCUUAGCACAAAGUAUGAGAGCCGCGUGGAGUGGAAAACUUAAACAAUUUGCCGCCGGGUUCCCCUUUUGAUACCACGCAAAUUUUAUAAUUUCACGUUGUUAUUUUGCAGAGAAAAGCUAAGAAAUGUACACAGUUUUAAAGCGCACGUGCUGAGUUAUUGUUCUGCUCAUUAGAUCUGUUGUUUUGCCAUGUCCUCGUUGCUUUCGCCAAAGGUUCCUAUUGUAGAUGAGAGACAACCUAAAUGCUCGAAAGUGUACGAAAUCAGCUGUCUUCUCGUCCGCACCUCUGUAGAUAGUCAUUUUACAUCCAGGAAGGAAUCCAUGUCUCUACUGAUCUCUAGUUCUUAUGAUGCGCUUUUUUUUUUUAGGAUAUUCAGGCUCAGAUAUGGCGAAUCUUUGUCGAGAAGCUGCUCUUGGGCCAAUCAGAAGUAUCACUGAUAUUCAGUGUAUUGACGCUGAUCAGGUAUGAAUUAAACCUUCGUCAGUUUUGACACGAAUGGUGCCCUGUCAAAUCUUACACCACCCCUCUAGUUCUUGCAUCGCAUUUUACAGAGCGUACAGUCAUUUCAUUUAUACGAAGUCAUCACUAGCUCAUGCACACGCGCAGUAUAGGCUACACAGCGAUAGGCAACGAAUGAUUUUAAACAUGUGUUACGAGCUUGGAAUGAAGAACAAUCUGAGUCCUCCAAGAGGAUUCGAAUCCUAACCAUAUUUGAACUAUAUUUCAAGUUUGUUGGUUAAAUUGUCCACCUUAAGGGCGAUAGAGAACUUGAUCAUUUGACAAGCCUCCCGCAUAUUGCUAUAAUCAGCUAUCGAUGAAUGUCUGAAAUGAAGUUUUACUCCGUUCAUGAACAAAAGACAAAUUCAAUGGUUAAAUCUGAAUGGAAUCAUUUGCGCUGGGCCGUUUUUGUCUUCCUUAACAAUAAGCGAACUACAGCUCUCUGUACAGAUGUUGAAUCUAUUUGUAAAACGGAGGACUCGAUGAUCUUUAAGAUUGCCAACAAACCUACAUACCCUGCUUUCUUAACCCUUAAACUUCCAGAUCAAAUUUGUAAUUCUCCUUACUGUCAACCAUGCAGUUCUUAUAAUGUCAGUUCAGAGAAUUUAGUAUUGGAUCAACUAAUUAUCCCCAAAUUGAUAUUUUUCUUUAUUCUCAUAAAUUAUCUGGACGAUAUUGUAUUGAUAUUGUAAGGAGAAAUUCUGUCUUGGUCACUCAUGGAAGGUAAAGGGUUAAGGUAAUUCUUACUUCCGUUGAAUUACAUCAAGUAAAUGUAAUCUAUUGAUUCCAGGUUCGACCGAUUCUGUUCAAAGAUUUUGACGAGGCUUUGCAUCAAGUACGCGCGAGUGUUUCCGAGAAAGAUCUCGACUUAUACAUUCAGUGGAAUAAACUGUAUGGCAGUGGAACGAAAUAAAACACUCGGGAGUUGUUCUUGUUCCACACAGGUUCACGCUGGAAUGAAGUGAAAUUAAAUUGACAGAUUCAAAAUUAUUUUGACACUUUUUUGUGGAAAUUUUGCUUGUUAUUACCAGUAAGGGUUGUUAAACUGUUUCACGUUAAGCUUGUAAGAUUUAGUUGUUAUAGCGUUGGUCCUUACAGUUUAGGUCGUGACAUUCCUAUCGCAGUACAUUACUUUUUGUGGACAAGAAAAUCGACUCAGCCUUGACCAUUAUAAUUAUUUUUUACUAAAGAGAGGCAUUUAAAAAAACUUAUUGGUUAUCUGAGUGCUGUCUUUUGUGACAAAGGAAUGGCUUUUGUUUAAGUGGAGUAUUGUUAACGCAGUGUAGACAAACAGGAACUGCGAUGCCAUUUUUACGAUCAACAGAAAUUUUACAGAUUCUCAAAAUUGUACGAGGCAUUGUGAAUCGGACCUAGAGCAGGCGCAAAGUUUUUUUCAUCUUUAAGGUAGCUUAGAACUCUUCAUAUGACAAAAUAACACUAUAUAAUAAUUAUAUUGCAUAUCUCUCCAUAUCGACAUACAGAGCAUAGUGUUAGGUCCAUAUUGAUAGUGUCUUACAAACUGCUGUAAGCCUGUGGAAUGACAAGAGCAACAGUGAUACUCACACCGCAAUAAAAGGG